GUAUUGUGUCAGUUGGUGUAGUUUUUGAUGGAUUUAUGUAGUGAAAUAUGCCAAGGAGACGAAAUGGAGAAAUUCCAUUGCCUGAAGGUUGGGAUUACGGACGGGAUUAUGACGGGAAAGUUUAUUUCAUCGAUCACAACAACAAGAAAACUACUUGGAUUGAUCCUAGAGACAGGUACACUAAACCUCAAACAUUUGCCGAUUGUAUUGGAACAGAAUUGCCAUUAGGAUGGGAGGAAGGCUACGAUCCAAAUAUUGGUGUUUAUUACAUAGACCAUGUGAAACAAUGUACGCAACUAGAAGAUCCAAGACUGGAGUGGCGUGCGAUACAAGAAGCAAUGUUAAGAGAUUAUCUGCACACUGCUCAAGAUUUGUUAGAGGCCAAAAAGGAAAUCUAUGAUGUUAAGCAGCAAAGGUUGUGCUUGGCCCAGGAUGAAUAUAAUCAUCUUAAUAAUGCUCUCAGUACAUUAAAUACAUCAAGGACAAGUUUGUGCUCGAGUUCAAGUUCAUUAAGUACCAAAUAUGAUCCUGACCUUCUUAAAUCUGAUGUUGCACUUGCAAAAAGUAGAGUAUCCCGACUUAAAAGGGAAUUGGAACAAAUUAGAGCAGAAAUGUCUUGUACUCAGCGUGGAGUGGAAACACUAUCAUCUGUCGAACAAAAGUUGAAUGGAGGCUGCUACAAUAUAAAUGAAGCUCAAGCUAUGGUCGCAGAGCUCCGUGAAAUCCAAAGAUCUUUGACUUCUGGUGAACAAGAACGUUCUGAAUUGAUGAGAUCCUUAGCAAAACUUAAAGAUGACUUAACUAGACUUCAGUUGGGUGAAAGUUCUCCUGAUGUUAGUACUUUAUCUUUGCCUAGUUCAGUAGGCUCUACAACACCAGCCCCUCCUUCAGAAAAAUUGUCUACAGCAUCACAAACUGAUUUAUCUGGAGAGCUUGCACCAAUGGGCACUAGAUUAGCUACAAUGGCAAGAAUGAGAUUGGAAUAUGACGAAGCUCGCAAAAGGAUACAGUUUAUACAAGGUCAGCUUGCUGAUUUGGAAGAAAAAGUUACCCCAGGACAAGCAGAAAGUGAUAAAGACAGGUUAUUGUUGUUCCAAGAGAAGGAACAAUUAUUACGAGAGCUGCGAAGUAUUACUCCUCAUACUAGAAGUUUGAAAGAAAUGUCAGAUAUUCAAAAUGAAAUUCAUAGAUUAGAACAAGACCUGAAUACAGCUCUGGAGGUGUCUAAUCGCACAAUAACUGACAGAUUACGGCUUCAUGAAGAAAAGCAAGUUUUAUUGUCUGGACUUCGUGAUGCACUCCAUACGAUGGCUUCAUUAGAAUCUCAAUUAAGAACAUUAUCUGCUUCAACGUUGUCUGUUAGUUCAAGUUCAAGUUUAGGUUCUCUAUCUACAACUAGCAGUAAAGGAUCUUUAUCGUCUGCUAUCAGUUUUACUGAUAUAUAUGGGGGUGCACAUUGUUUAAAUCCCUCUGCAGAUCGUCCUAUAGAUAUGGUAGAUUUGCAUAGAAGGGUUGAAAGGCUACUUCAAGGAGAUUUUUGUCCUCCUCCACCUGCUUAUGAAGCUCUUCCACCUCCUAGUAGAUCACCACCUUUAUUUCCUAUAUGUGAAACUUCACCUACACCACCUACUGCUUCUGUUUCUGCUGCUGUCAGUGAUGAAAGUGUUGCUGGAGAUUCAGGGGUUUUUGAGGCUUCACAACGUACAUUAGAUAUGUCUUUAGAUACAGCUCAAGUACAAAUAAAGCUCAGGUAUACUGUAAGUAAUUUUAUUCUUCAUAUUGGGAUUGAGAAAGCAAGGAAUCUCGCAGCUCUUUUUAUUCCAGAGCAAUGCCAAGUGUACAUAAAAGCAACUCUUCUUCCAAAUAGUGCACAGAACUCACUAACUUGCUGUACUAAACCUAUUUCUGAAAUCGAUAAGGCAAAGUUCAAUGAAACCUUCACAUUUCAAGUACCUCUUAAUAAAUUAUGCACAAAAACUCUUCAAAUAAAUGUUUGUUCAUUGGCUGCUGAGGGAAAAACGGAAUGUUUGGGUUGUGCCCAGGUCAGCUUAGCCGAUUUUACACCAGAAUGUACUCUUCUUAAAUGGUACAAUAUUCUGAGCUUAAAGUUAAUGGUUGGCGAAACUCAGUUUAUGAGGAAGGAAAUAGGAAAUAAUGAAAAGCAAUUGAAAGAGGAAAGCAGUGAUGAAUCCACUAUAAUUUCUUCACAAACAUCAACUCUCACUAGAAAUCAAGGCUGUGAUAUAGUCAAUUCUGAAAAUAUUAGUGAAAGAAUUGAAGAAUUAGAAAGUGAAGAUGAUGAAAAUGAUAUUGAUGAUGAGGAAGGGAUCGAAAUAUAUUGCACUGAAGAACUCAACCAAGUUCUUAAAAUUCAAGAUGAAGAGGAUGUAGAUGAUAAAAGAGAGCAGGAAGACAAAGAAACUAAUACUGAAUGUUUCAUACCAGAAAAAGGUUGGAAGUUGGGAAUGCAAAAUAUCAUAAAGCGUUCUCAAACCUUUUCUCCUACAGCUACCAAACAAUAUAUUUGUAAGUUAAAUCGGAGUGAUAGUGACAGUUCUAUGCCUUUAUACCGGCGGAAUCAGUGUGCAUUUCAAAGAGGUGCAAUAGAAAGGAGAUCUUUGCGGUGGAGGAGUGGUAGGACUAAUCCUCCGACACAUUCUUCACAUGUUAUUGUUCCUAGAACAUCACUUGAUUUGGAAUUGGAUUUACGAGCACAGCAUACAAGAUUGCAUGCAUUACAAGAUGAUCUGAAUAGGCUUCGAGAAUUGAAGUCUAGACUUGAAGCAGCUAAAGAAAAAGGAGAUGUUGAAAUGGCCGCAUGGGUUAUGGAAGAUUCUCAAUUUCAAAAUCUUGUGGCUCAGGUUGAUGAGAAAAGCCCAGAUGAUAAAAAGGUUGAAAAGUUGUUGAAGAAAACUUUCAAAGAGAUCUAUAAACUUCGGAAGAGUAAAGCUGGAAAAGGAAAGCCUGACUUAAUUUCAUUCAAGGAAAAAAUGGCAUUUUUUACUCGAGCUAAUGUCAAUGUUCCUUUAUUGCCCACGGAAGAAGAGUCAGAAAAUAUCAAAGUUGAGAGUUGUGUUCCCCAGGAGCUAGGUGUAGAAAUAUGAUGUAUACCUAUAUAACCUUGGAAAGCACCAAAGUGAUAGCUAGAAGCAAAGAUUGUGAUAUUUUUGGAUAUUUGUAAAUAAUUUGUUUUAUUAUAUAUUUUUCUAAUAUAGUUAUUUUUAUCAAUGUAGCAUUUAUAAGAAAAUAUUUGUUUUUAUAUGAUCAUGUAUUUAUAAAUGUAUUAUUAAGAUUUCAUUGUGUUAUAACAAAUAGUCAUAGAUGGUUACAACACAAAUUUAAUUGCUUCCAUUAAUUUUAGUUUCAUUAAUACUAUUUAAAUUAUUGAACUUCAUAGAACAAUUUGUUCUAUUUAAUUUUUUUUUUUUUUUUUAUUAUAAUGG